AUGGAGUUCAUCCUCGAAGCCGCCGACCACUACGUCUUCAACCAGGCAUAUGCCCAGCUCAACGGCAUCAAGUUCCUGGAGCCCUACAUCCAGAUCCACCACCCAGCCCGGGAGUUUUUCACCCUCUUCAUCAUCACCCUGAUCGGCGGAUAUAUCCUGUACUUUGCCUUUGCCUCGAUCGACUACUAUUUCUUCUUUGACAAGUCCGUCAAGAAUGAUCCAAAGUACCUCAAGAACCAAAUUUCCAAGGAGAUCUUCAUGGCCACCUGGUCGAUUCCCAUCAUGGUCGGCCUCACAGUCCCGUGGUGGUGGCUCGAGAUUCACGGAUACUCCAGGAUCUACCACAACGUCGACGAUUACGGAGUGGGCUACAUGGUCUUUUCGAUCCUUGCCUUCUUGUUCUUCACCGACAUGCUGAUUUACUUUAUCCAUCGUGCCGAGCACCAUCCCUCCGUGUACUGGUGGCUCCACAAGCCCCACCACCUGUGGAAGGUCUCCACGCCCUUUGCCUCGCACGCCUUCCACCCCCUGGACGGAUACGCUCAGUCGGUACCGUACCACCUGUUUGUCUUUUGCUUCCCCAUGCACUCGACCCUCUAUCUUGUCAUGUUUGCCCUGGUGAACUUCUGGACCAUCAGCAUCCACGACCGAAUCUAUCUUACCAAGGCCUCUUUCUUCAACGGCGCUGCCCAUCACACCGUUCACCACUCAGACUUUAACUACAACUACGGACAAUACUUUACUUUCUGGUGA